UUCCUUCAAACAGACCAGGGUCCUGGGGUUCAGCUCUCCAGAUGAUCUGACGCCAAGGGUGAGGCAGAGCGCGUAAUCUAUAAUCUUAGAGAACCAUCACUUAUUCGAUACUACUAAAUCCAAAAUAUGAAAGAAAUGAUUGGUUACCUCCUAACUUAUUAUUUCACUCCCUCUCGGGCUGUGGUUGCGGAAAUGCCUCCUGUAUUAGGCACCCCUUGUCAUGCAAGAGGUGGCGUCAAGAUGUUGAUAUAUGACUGUCCCUACCCCGACGCCUGAGUGACUUUUCAUCUCUGUUAGCUCCUGCUUGGACGCUAUCAUCUAACACGAUAUGGCGUCGGCUCAGGUGGCCAUUACGGAAACCGAGCAAGGCCUCAAGGUUUUGUCUCUAGAUGGAGGAGGUGUGAGGGGAAUGUCGAGCCUAUACAUUCUACGUCACUUAAUGAAACGCUUGCAACCCAAGGACACGCCAAAACCAUGCGAUUACUUCGACAUCAUCGCGGGGACAAGCACAGGAGGUCUCAUUGCGAUUAUGUUAGGUCGUUUGCGAAUGAGCGUUCAGGAUUGUAUUGAUGCAUAUGGGAAACUUUCCGAGAGAGUUUUCAAACCGAGAAAGCGGUCGUUUAAUGUAGUGGGUAAGGGAAAGGAUUUAUGGUCUCUUAGCGGCGCAUUUGACGCCGAUGAACUUGCCCAAGCGAUACGUGAAGUUGUUGUUCAAGCAGGUGAGGAUGGUAACGCUAAGCUCCUUGAAGCCGAUCCGGGCUGUAAAGUCUUCGUAUGCGCUAUGAGAGCUGAAAUCACCAAACCUGUCAGGCUCCGAAGUUAUGAAACACCAACUACAGUUCAGGAAGUUGAUUGUACGAUUGUUGAAGCCGCAAGAGCGACUUCUGCUGCGUCUUCGUUUUUCAAACCCAUUGUAAUAGACGGGCAAACAUUUACCGAUGGCGCUACGGGUUACAACAACCCCGUGGAAGAAGUUUUCGAUGAAGUCAAUCAGAUUUGGCCGGGGGGCAAUCGGCCUAUCGGGCUAUUUUUGAGUAUAGGGACCGGAACGCCUGCACUGAGGUCAUUUGGCAAGAAUCUCAAGAGCCUGAUAGAGACACUAGCCAAGAUCGCAACAGAAACGGAAGACACAGCUAAGAGGUUUCAAGAAGCUAUGCGGGAGAGGGGUUUGAGUAAAGCAUACUUCCGUUUCAAUGCCCAGGGUCUAGAAAGAGUAGGACUUGAGGAUCAUAAAAGUUUUGGUCUGAUUAUCGCUGCGACAAAUAACUACCUCAAUGAAGUUGAAACACGGCAGAAGCUGAAUGCUUUUGUCGCGUCGGAUCGCUCUUUCUUGAGCCUUUCCCAACGGCACUUUUAUCUAGAGUCUCUGCGUUCAUACGAUGUGGGAAGUGAGCUGUCGGAAGUAAGCGAGCCUGUGUCAAACACCUUUGAAUGGGUUUUAGAGGCCGACGAAUUUCUUUCGUGGGCACGAGAUACCGAACAUCCCAUCAUGCUUAUAAGAGGCAAACCAGGUUGCGGGAAAAGCGUGCUUCUGGCCUUCUUAAAGCGAACGAUGCCCACGAAUACGACUGCCUUCUUCGCUUGUAAGCAGACCGAAGAUAUUCGCCGAACACCGGAAAUGAUUCUAUCAUGCUUACUUCGACAAAUCCUAAUGGAACAGCCAAACCUGUUCCGAUACGUGGUUCCCUUGAGCGCAGGCUCCGAGUCUUGGACCUACCGACAACUAAUGGGGUCAUUCGAGGCCGUACUCACCUCGCCCGACAAUAAAGGAAUCACCUGUAUGAUUGAUGCUCUUGACGAGUGUCACGAAGUUUCCCGGAGACAAUUUAUCAAAGACGUUUCCCGCAUUUCAGAGAUCAUCAAGCGCCAGAACGCUGGGUACUCGAGGAUCAUCAUAACUUCCCGACACUAUGCCGAUAUUACAUUUCCAUCCUCAGUUACCAUCGACCUGGACACAGCACCACCCAUGCUUGAAGAUGUACGUCGAUUUAUCCACUUCAAGGUCAAUGAACUUGUUCAGGAACGCCCCCACUACGCAGAUGAUAUACUCAACAUCCGCGAAACCCUAUCUGAAAAAGCAGGCGGCAUGUACAGGCUUGUAGAACUGAUUGUGCAAGACCUUCUAUAUGCGACCGAUUCUUCCCCAUCUGCUGUGAGGCGAAUAUUGGAGUCUGUACCACAGGACAUUGGAGAAAUGUAUGAUCGAAUAUGGGGCCGGAUCGGUGCAGUCGAUUUACCACGGGCUAGAAGGAUCUUCGCAUGGAUCUUACUCUCCCUUGGUCCAUUGAAUAGGGAAGCUAUGAGCCUUGCUAUUGCGAUAUCUUCAGCUCCACAGGGGAGCAAUUAUCGAUUGAAUGUGCCAGUCGACGUGGAAGGCGAUCUCCGAGGGUUAUUCGGACCACUCAUUCGAAUAGGCGCGUCUAUCGAGGUCUCGCAUCAGUCCGUCAGGGACCACUUCCUGAUCAAUAGGUCGGGUUUUAGUUUAUACGACGCUUUCACUACUGGGUUCAAGGAAGACAAUCAAAGUAAUCGCUUCCGAUACCAAGAAGAACAAGGGCAGAUCGCUCUAGCUUGCCUUCGAUAUCUUAACGCACUUGACCCCGAUACGAUACCGAACGCGCCGGAACCGUUUCUCGACUAUGCACUGGAACAUUUUGCGAGACACGUAUUGGAAGCAAACCACCACGAUGAAGGUCUUGACAGAGAAAUAUUGCUAUUUUUCCAAAAAGGGGUCUGGCAAGGCUGGUGGUACCAAUCCCGGCCCCGUGAAUACGUUUUCUCUCCCGAUACACCCAUGCCAUCAAUCGACGAUUUGCUAUCUUUCGCGUGUUACUAUGGAAGGCCUCAAAUUGUUCGAAAAAUCCGGUUAUCAGAGGAUUCCUAUAAGUCUUUUACUCCUUUGCUAGGUAUCUGUCCGAAGGUGGCAGUGAGAGCGGUAUACUUAGCAAUGAUUGGGCGAAACGAGGAAUGUGUCGCGGAAUCAAUUCUCAUCAUGGACAGAAUCAUGUUGACGCCAAGCACACCACUCAAAUUUGAGUCAUUUAUUCUCGAGGAUCAACACGAGACAGACGACUACUCUACCUGUAGUUGUGCUCCAGAUGAAUUUGGGGAUCGAUCGUCAAAAUUCCAAAUUGCAGUAUACCGUCGUGUCGCAGAAGCCUUCCACCGUAUCCAAGCGCCAGAGCAAAUCCUCCAACGGUCGGAAGAAAAUACCGAAGCCUUACAAAGUCGUAUACUCGGUGCGUAUCGAAAGUUGGCGACUCAAGAACCUUCGGGUACAUAUGACUCCAUACUUCUGGAGAACACCGAUUGGACAUAUAACCUCGCCUUCUUACUCAGCCUUUAUAUGACUUGGACCUAUGGUGCAGGUUCAGUAGACUUGAUAUCACCUAACGGCGCGGCUCUCCCUGAAGCUGUCAAGUCAAACCGUAUCCAGGCAGUCGAAAUAUUACUUCACGAAGGUGUCAAGAUAGGAGAAAUAUCGGACGGGAAUGGUGCUAAUCUGCUCCAUUUAGCUGCAGAAACAGGCAAUUAUGAAUUGGUAAAAAUAAUACUUGCACAGAAAGCAAUUAAUAUCAAUUCUGUCGAUGGAAGGGGGCUCACGCCUCUACACUACGCCUGUUCGCUAUACCCUCUUUGGGAUUUUUGCAUACUCCUCACCGAAAGACCGCGCUCAAUCUCAAGGAGAAGAAUUGUUAAGAUCCUUCUAGAGUCAGGCGCUAAUCGUGUCGCGAGAGAUCACCUUGGCAAUACACCAUUGCAGACCCUGUCUCGAGUCUACACCCCAGAAUGGGUUGACAUUCCGAAGGGGUCCAGCCUAAAUUGGCGUGAGAACGACCUGGGCGCUACUAUACAACUACUAAUGGAGGACCCUUCUGACAUAUUGGAAUGGGACAGCCACGGCGUGACGCCAUUACAUUAUGCUGCAUAUCUCUGGCCUCUCAGCGCAGUAGAACAAAUUCUAGAAUUUUUGAAAACAUUUUUCAUCUCAGGAAAUCUCGUGGAUCAUUUGGGGUGCACACCUCUACACUACGCCGCAUUCCGAGGUUUUGACGAGCCUGAAAAGAUUGUCGAUGUAUUAUGUGCAGCCCGUGUAGAUCCACGGAUCCAACAGAUUGCCGGAGAAACCGCCCGAUCAGUAGCUCAAAGUUAUGGACGAUUACGCACUGCCGAGGCGAUCGAAAACCAAGAGAAGAAUUUCGAAGAGAGAGCAAAAAGGGUCUUUCAAAGAACUCUAAGCGGAUCAAGAUUUCCAGAUAUAACCGAGGUGGUAGAACGAAUUGCUCAUUCACAUGCUCAAAAAUCAUUCAGAAGCUCUAAUUUCUUACAAACGGUCUAUACCAUCCCGAUCCCACAACGAAAGCCAUCGCCCGCGAUGGCUUCACUGGCCCCGCGGCUUUUCCUUGGACCGUCGUUACACGAUACAGACUAUCCCAGUCUACAACUUCACAACCAAGUGUAUCGCGUCCAACAAUUUCUCACAUUAUCGCGACCGGAACAGCAAGCCGAAGAAAUGCAUCUUCCUAAGAGACUAUUGGACAUGCUCAUAUUUCGGUUCUACAAUCUUCAUACGAUAGAACCUUUCGGAAGAAUUGAUAAAACUCUACUUAUGCGACCGCUCACAACUGGCCAAAUCAAAGAAAAGUUGGGAAUCACGUUUGGUGAUCUAAGUCAGAUGAGCGAACAUGAUGUUAACUUCUACGCGCCACGAAGAACAGACUCCGCAGAUAUUAAUCAAAACGAGUUUUCUCAAGAAUACGAAGGACACGAUGAUAACAACGACGAUUACGACGAAGAGUACGAAUAUGAGGACGGCGAUGAAUACGAGGAAGAUGAUGACGAAUGGGAGGACGAUAACAGUGAGUGGGAGGAGGAAGAGGAAAUCGAGGACGCUGGCAGCGAGUAUUAUCCCGAUGAUGAAGACUAUUAUUAUUAUUCAUCCGAACCCCCCUAUCCCGAAAUCUCGGAAUUCAACCAGGCACUGUUGUUCUUCCUAUCCAUAUCUACUUUACUUGCUGGCAUUAUCCAGCUCCUUUGCCCAUACUUCCCCCUACAUGUAGGUACCUACGAUACAUCCUGGAGAUCGGUAUUACACCCACGACAACUUUGGUAUUAUGAUGGGGACCUAUACGAUACGAUGGUGGCCUUGGAUUCCUUUCGAGAUGAGAUGCUAAGGCUUGCACAGGCUAAACACCAAAAUAAUCAGUUUAUUUUGAAUAAUUAUAUAUAGUGUAUA